AUUCUCCAUUGUCAGCAAUCGAACAAUAGGACAGACAAGUACGCAGGUCUUCAGCCUUCUUUCUGCCAAUAUGCCUCUCUUUCCCUUCAUGCAACUACCAAACGUCCACCUCCACACCUGAAUCCGUUUCUGCCUUGCUCUCGACCACAACUCACCUGUCGCAUUGCGAAAAAAGCAGUCAUGACCAAGCAGACAUCUUCAGAUCCGCAAUCCAAGUCCAACCCCGAGCAAGCCAUUCCGAAUUUUCAACAUGGAGAGGCUGGAUCAGCAGACAUGGCCAGUGACUCUAAUAAAGCUCCCGCAGAAAGCGCUAUCAUUGCCAUCCCAGCCUCAAACGAUCAAGCAAAGGUCGCAUCGCCAAGCUCGAGAAAAAGAUCUCUCCUUGAGUCUGUUCACGAUGAAGAGCCCAGCACCAAGAAGCCAAGAGAGUCUCCAUCCUCGUCUCCGAAGAAGAACGGGGACUCCAUAUCCCAGAAAGACCGGUUUCCCAGUCCGCCUAAUGAACCUGCGACCAAGCUCGACAAGGAAACGUGGCAAGGUUUCUGUGACAUUGAGUCUGAGCCUACCUAUUUCUCUGUCAUGUUGCGCGAGAUGGGCGUACAAGGUGUCACUGUGCGCGAGGUGUUUGCCAUGGAUCCAGCUGUGCUCGAAACGCUCCCGCAACCUAUAUACGGCCUCAUCUUGCUGUUUCGUCAUCGCGAGUUUGGGAAUGCAGAUCAGCCGACCGAAUGUCCUGCUAAUGUGUGGUUCGCUAAUCAGUUGCCGGCUCAGAACAGCUGUGCGACACUCGCCAUGAUAAACAUUCUCAUGAAUACUAUUGACGUCGAGACUGGAGAACACUUGAAGCAGUUCAAGGACUUUACUCAGAGCUUCACACCUUUCCAACGCGGCGAGGCGCUUUCGAGUUUCGACUUUGUCAAGAAAAUUCACAACUCGUUCGCCAAGAAGAUGGAUAUUCUGGAAGCCGACAAACACUUGUCCAACAAAGUCAACAGAGCGAGACGUGAACAGCAAGAAAAAGAAGGCAAAAAAGGACGUCGCACCUCCGUAGACUCCAUAGAAACAGAUGGCAGUGUGGGGGAUGAGGAAAAUGCCCACCACUUCAUCGCAUUCCUGCCUGUUGGCGACGAGAUCUGGAAACUCGACGGUCUCGACGUGCAGCCGACUAGCCUAGGUUCUUUCGACUCUUCCAAAGGAGAGACAUGGCUUUCUGCUGUCACUGACGUAAUCGCCGCCAUCAUGGCCGCUGGAGACGACGACUAUGGAGUUAUCGCCAUGACUCAAUCCCCUCUACUCUCACUUCGCAAGACAGCCUGUCUUGCGAUGAAUACCCUGAAGCUCGUCGAAACCCGCCUCGACAGCGUCGACGCUGGCUGGAAGUCUUUCCUGAUUUCUGAAGAAGAACCACCAACCGCCCAAACGCUAGGCGUUGAAAAUCAAAUAGCCACACACCCUGUUCCGGAUCCUUUGAAAGCGAGGAUCGACGACGAGAAAAUGGCAGACCUACUAGACCGUCGAGGUCGCUUGGUCAAGGAAUUGAGCCGCCUAUUGGCAGACAUAAUGAACGAGACCCACAACGAAGCUGAAGAGGACCAGAAGGCUACCGAGCGACGAUAUGAUCUCGGGCCCCUGAUCCAGGAGUGGUUGAGCAUGCUGGCAGGCAACGGAUUUCUGGAGGGAAAUCUGGAUCGAUAUAUGCCAAAAGGUAAGGGCAAAGGUACAAAGUCGAAGAAGUAGAGAGAUAGUGCUGAGCAAUUGGCAAUUCAUUUACACCUCAGGAUAGACAUUGGGGUAUACCUCUCAGCGAAAGAAUAUGAUCAGAAUGUCUUCCACUGCUGCUUUGCUCAACACUCACUUCAAGAUUUCAGCACACGAUGAACGUUUGAGGAUGCACGAGUGGGU